AUGGAACACAUAGAAUUUGCUAUCCUUGAAUGUUUGAAGUAUGACCAAGGAGAGGGGUCUUCUAAAGAUUUUCCAGAUAUGCAUAGUCUUAUCAUGCACACCUACGACUCAGAUAAACCUAACUUGCUUGUGGAUCAUUUGGGCUUGCACAAAGCUUUGUGUGUUCUUAUGGGCUGGAGCUAUUCAAAGGCUCCUGAUAAUUUGAAGGCAUAUCAGCUAUUAUCUGCUGAUGAAGCAGCAGCAAACCGGGAUGAUUUGAUUAUAUGGCCUCCCAUGGUGAUUAUUCAUAACACGAACACAGGAAAAGGUAGAGAUGGACGCAUGGAAGGUUUGGGGAACAAAGUAAUGGAUAUUAAGCUUAGAGGUAUAGCACAGCCCCUUUGUCCUUAG